AUGGAAAGAUUGGUGAAGCGACACCGGGAAUGGAUAACACAUCGUGACAAUCGAGGUCGAACAGCGGCGAUGCAUGCAGCGAUUGCCGACAACGUUCGCAAUUUGCAGUUUCUCAUGAGAAAAGGCCUUUCGUUGUGGGAUGUAGACAAUGGUGGCGCAACACCCCUACAUUGGGCCACUCAAUGUGGUUCAGCCAAGGUGGUGCGGUACAUCCUGCAAGCUGGAAAGUCACCACAAGGGUUAGCUCCAUUUCUAGUUCCGGAUAAAGAAGGAGUGACUCCAAUACAUGUAGCAGCUGCAGGCAACGGAAAGAUACUACAGAUGUUCAUCGAUGCAGUAAGCGCAACAGAUGACGUUUUCGGCUUAGCGCAGGACAAACGAGGUCGAGGCCCACUUCACUAUGCUGCAUCCAAAGCAAGCGUUGAAAGUGUCAGACUAAUCCUAGAUUCUCCAACUCUCGGGUUGCCAGUAGAUGCAAAAGAUUCGUGCGGGUUGACACCACUAAUGUGUGCUGUAGGUGUUCCUUUUGCCCAAGGUACGGUUUUUUCCGAAGCGUCUAGGUAA